UAUUAGUCAAAAUAGAAUAGAAAAUACCGUACCGUAUAAACAUAAUUGCCUCCAUCUCCGUUGUUUCCCUUAUGUUUUUCCCAUUUGUCCCCAUUGGUUUCUUUUUGAUUAAUAGAAAUUAUUUUCGUCCAUCCGUGAUCGUUAUGUUAAAGCUGUAAAAUUGGAGAAAAAAAUUGACCAUUCUAUAUUUUCGUAUUGUGAACUUAUUUGUUCUAGGUUAAAAUAACUGGGUUGUAAAAAUAAUUGUAACAACUGUGCAAACACGAAUGAUUGUCUUAUAAGAAUCUAGUAAGAUGUCAACUUCAUAAUAGAGAGAGGGGCGGUUGAUUUCCACUAAUUGUAUUUGAUGGUAAAAUGAGUGAAGAGUUGCAAAAUGAUGGUAACAAAAAGAGUCCAUCGCUGUCUAAUGCUGAGGGAGGUGUGCAGGGAGCAGAGUGUGGGGCUCACGUUGAUGCUUCCACUAAUGUAUCACAGACCAAUAUUGCACAGAUGACAGGAGGUGUAGCAUCGGAUAAUGCUAAAUGGCAGUGUGAAAUGUGCACUUAUGAAAACUUUCCUCUUUCUCGCAAGUGUACAAUGUGUCGGGCGGCCAAACCUUGUCUCGGUGAGGAUAUAUUCAAACUGCAAGAUGGUGCCAGUGCAUUACCUACUCAAGAUAUAUGUGGUGCAGAAAUGGUUGCAGAAAGAUUGAAACCUUUGAGGAUAUCAUCUCCACAGGGACAUGCUAGUGCUUCGUCAAUUAAUAAAUGGCCGUGUGCUACGUGUACAUACGAGAACUGGCCGCGAUCGCAGAAAUGUGCAAUGUGCGGUGCCGCGCCGCCUCGAGGUCAUGACACGCCUAGACUGGUGCACCCCACUGGUAUAAAUGACAUAUGCAAUAGUCAAAAUACGUAUGUACAUGAAGUGGAGCCGAACGGGCGUCGAUCAAAACGUAGGAAUAAUAAUCCCGAUUGGAUCUGGUUGCAGGCUUGUCUUGGUGUGGUAGAAGGUGACAGUCGUUGCGUAGACGCAUAUCUGGCAGCGGGCGGGUCCCCAGCCCGAGCGCUCACAGCGCCCGAGGUGGCGCUGCUGAACCGCGCGUCCGCGUUCGACGCGGGACACACGCUCGUGCACCUCGCUAUACGGUUUCAAAGGCAAGAAAUAUUGUCAACGUUAUUAUCACAGAUAUCGGGCGGAGGUCCCGGAUUGAAACGGUCACCUUCUUAUGUAGCGCCCGACAUAGCCUCAGCAAUAAGACGACACGUGGCCAGCUGUAUACGACAUAAAAAGGGCAACUUCCCAUGUCGAUAUGUUAACGAAUUCUGCACAUUCUCUCUACCGGCUGAAAUCGACGAGCUGCCAGCCGCGAUACAAGAGCAACUAUUCGCUGAGCUGCUAGACAAGGAGGCGCAGCAGACGCUCGAAACGGACACACCAAUAAUCAAUUGGAGUAUAGAACUUACUGUUAAUUUAGGAUCUCGGUUAUACGCACUAUGGAAUCGUUCGGCGGGCGACUGCUUACCGGACGCGUUAUGUCAAGCCGCGUACGGAGUGUUCGACCGCGCUAACGUGUUACGGACUGCGCUCGCUGAUACGCUGCAUCAUGCACACAGAAGUUUCUACGGUCGCUUCCAAGCGUGGGAGCGGUUACAAGCGGCGCAGUUACAGUACGCACCGGAGGAAGCCCAACUGCGGGCUGAGUGGUCGCGGCUGUUGGCGGCCGCGGCUCGACCGGGCACUCCGUUGCAUCAGUUGCACGUAUUUGCGCUGGCGCACGUGUUACGGCGGCCGGUGUUGGUGUACGGCGUCGAUGUUGUGAAUUCGUUCCGCGGUGAAGCACUCGGAUAUGCGCGUUUUCAGGGUAUAUACCUACCACUACUGUGGGAUGUGGAAUUCUGUUCCAAAUCCCCGCUGUGUCUCGGCUACACGCGCGGACAUUUCUCCGCGCUCGUGCCCUUAGAGCCCUACGCGCAUAGACACGAUUAUAUUUGCCGCGAGCCAACGGAAGAAGAUAGCGAGGACAUGACAUUUCUACCGCUCACAGAUUCUGAAGGAAAAUUAUUACCUGUCCACUUUCUUACUUGUGAUGAGAUGGCGGACGAGGAGGGCGUGGUCCGUCGCUGGACGUGCGCGUGCGUGACGGCGGGCGGCGUGCUGUGCGCGCGCCAGCGGCUGCACGCGCGCCCGCUGCUCGCCGCGCAGAUGUGCGAGGAGUGGCUCAACCACUACCGCCGGCUCGCACAACAAACGCGCGGCCCGUUCCCGCCGCGGUUGCACACGGCUGAGUUCUCCAGCGAUCCAGAUACAGAUGAAGAAUAAAAACCCCUAAUUUGGAAAAAUAAUAUAUUGUUAUAUUUAUUGGUGUGUUGAGUAGAUUCCAUGUGUACUAGGAGGUGUAAAAAAAAGUUUUUUUUUCAGUUUUGAGGUAUCAUUUAAACUUUCAUUGUAAUAAACUACCGAUAGUAACAUAAAAGAAUAAAGUUGCUAAUUUUUACUGUUCUUAAAAACUAUAUUUUGGUAGAUAGAGGCCUUUUACCGCUUAAUCAUAGGAAUAACUUACACUCAAACAAUUUUAUUAAUUCUCUAAUAAAUAAAAAAAAAAAACUAAUACCAAUUUAAUAAUUUUCUGUUGGAAAAAUAUACGUAUGGAAUCUACUCAAACACCUGAUAGUUAUCUAUAUACGUGAUUUCUGACUGACCGUAAUCACCAUUCACCAACAUAUUAAAACGAAUUAAUCGCUUAUUUUGAACCGUUAAAAAUUAAAACCCAGAAUAAGAUCUUUAGUUUUAUAGUUCAAUUGAAAACACAACGAAAAUAAAUAAUUACUUUUUAACGACCUAUUUCCAGCUUAAUUACAUUGUAAUAAGGUUCACAUUUCAAUGCAUUCUAAUAAACUUAAUUUUACAAGUUAAAUAAUAUCUCCCUAAUAUUGAUAAAAUAAGCUCUGCUUUUUCAUCCGAAUAAAAUACUAAAAUCAAAUAUAACAUUAAAAAAAAAAACUAUCGAAAUUCGGUCUGAACUCUAAAAGAAAACCUGAUCCUUUAAAUUACUUACAAAUUAAUUAUUUUAAUCAGUGUUUUGUCUCUUUCGCUCUUAGAGCAUAUACCUUUGAACGAAAAGAACAAGUUAGAACAAGAAUGAGUUGAGAAGACAAUUAUGAGUUUUAACAUUAAUAAAAAAAGAUUUUAGUAUCUUUAUUGACAUUAAAAUGUAAUAAAAAAUUGGCCACGUACGAAAAUAAGUCUAAAGCAAUAAUAUAGGCAGAGAGAUGGACUAUGUUUUCGCAAUAUAAUCGAAUACAUAAAAAAAUAUAUUAAAAUGAUUUAAAAGAAAGUGAUACUGAAUGUUAUCGGCUAAGUUGUAGUGUUAGUGCCUUUCGAUGUCCGUGUCUUAUUUGAUUUGAUUUGAAAAGUGGAUAUCAUAAGAUAUUUUUCUAUGUACUCGAUUAUAGUGUAAGCUCUUACGCUAUAAAAUUUGGGGAUCGUACCACUAAUGAACUUUGCGUAUUGCUAUCUCUGUUUAACAUACGAUUGUCUAUAUUUGCGUCCUUAUUGUUAAAACGCAUAGUGUAUUUGGUAGCUUUAUAUAGAGAAAAGCGAUAAUUUGAAUAAAUAAAAUUGUAAAAAAUGCAAAUAAUUAUAUUAUUAAUAGAUUCAGGCUGUUUUUGAGGUUUACGAAUCAAGGUUAAGAGAUGCUGUAUAAAUGCCUUUUCAUUGAUUAAUGUUACCAUACUAUUGUAUUCGCUUAUUAAUAUUACGUACUUGGUUGACGGUAUUAGCAUUUUGGGCAAAAUAAAUAAAUAUU